AGACUAUGGGAAUAUAGAGGAAAGAACGAUGAAGAUCAGAUCAAGCAUCUAGAUAUGGUGCUUAUUGAUGAAAAGGGUGAUUCCAUAUAUGCUGAAGUACCUGAUGAUAUUCUCUCGAAGUUUCAACCUAUUCUGCAUGAGGGACAAAUUAUCUCCAUAAGAAGAAUAACAGUAGACAGAGCAAAGGCAAUAUAUAGAGCUGUUGACAAUCCCUUGAUGAUCAGGCUAAAUCAGUACACAUAAAUUGCAGAACCAAAAGACCCAGCACCUGAUUUCCCAAAAUAUACAUUCUCAUUGACACCAAUAUCGGAGUUAAAUCAAUACAUUGGGAACCAAGGCGCAUUCCUAGAUGUCAUAGGAAAGAUCACAACUGUUUCAAAUGCGGCAACAAUGGAGACAAGUUCAGGCACUAUUAAGCUGAGAAGGAUAAUCCAUUUGGUUGAUCACAGUGAAAACAUGAUCGAACUAUCAUUAUUUGGACCAAGAGCACAGGAAUUUGACGGGGACACAGUGUAUGAAGUUGGACGAAAGUCUCAUGUGAUAGCAAUAUUUGUUGGAACUUCUAUGAAGCAGUACAAGGGGUCACCUCCUUUCUUAAGUGGAACAGCUGCAUGCAGAUGGUAUGUCAAUGAAAAUGAUGUCACUGAAAUAAGAGAUUUCUACAAACGUUUACCAAUCCAAGCAGAACCAGUUAAAAAACUGCAUCUCAAAAACCAUGAAGAAAUCCAGAGACAAAUUGAAACAAAGAGUUUGUUAGAGUUAAGAGAAAUCAAUCCAUUUGAUCAUGCGGGCUUCAAGUUUGAGUGCACUGCAGUAAUAAUUCAAGUAGCCCAGAACCAAUAUUGGUGCUAUCCAGCCUGCACAGCUUGUGGCUCAAGAUCAAUUUUUGAUGGAGGAAAAUAUCAUUGUUCCAAGGACGGUUGCACAGGCACAAGUAUUGAGCAUAGAUACAAAGUUUGUCUUAUAGCAAGCGAUACAACAUGGCAGCUCCGAUUCAUGCUAUUCCAAGAUCGAGCAAUGCAGCUGAUUGGUAAAUUUGCAGAAAAGUUGCUUACUACGUAUAGAAAAAGCGACACUCCACUAGAAAUUUCAGCACUUGUUGGUCAGAAAUUCACUUUUAUUGUUCGAGUACUCCCGGAGAAGAAACUUAUUGCUCAUGAUCCAAUGUUUGAAGUAUUGAAUAUAAAGAAAAUCUUUGGAAAGCAGUUUCAGAUCCCAAAUGUUCAAAUAGAGAGAAAACCAGCAUCUUCUACCACCGCAACUUCUGAGGAACACAACCUUCCACCUCUGGUACCUAUUUGUCCCAAGCCAUGGGAAAACAAGUCAACAUCUUCUAGCAGUCAGCAGAUUUACAAUAUCGAUGACAGCCAAAUUCAACUGACUGGAAUAUUACAAGACAAGACAGCAAGAAAAACACUGGAUAUGAAGAACGAAGAACAGGUACUUCAAAUAGAGCUCAACAGCUGCAUUCAACUAACUCAAAACUCAUGCUCUUCCUCUUGAUUUAUAUAGCUCAACCCUUUCAUCUUAGUAUUUACCGUACAAUC